AUCUUGCGGCAUCCCACCACGGCACCACCGCCACAGAAGAGCGGCCGAGCGGUGCAGAGAACCAGCCAGCUGAUCUGAGCGGCCGCGCUUCCGGUGGGAGGAUGGAGAAGGCUCUCACCAAACUGGGCAGCUUCACCAUCUCCCGCAAGGCCAAGCAGGAGCUCUCCGCCAUCGGCGACGACAUCUCUCGUUUUUCGAGCACGGUGGAGGAGAAGGCAAAAUGGGUCUUCGAAAAGCUCAAAGGACACAAGAAGUCCCUCUCUGAUCUACUGCGCGAGCACAACCUCCCUCCAGGCCUCUUCCCUCGUAACAUCAUCUGCUAUGAGUACGACGAAUCGACAUCGAAGCUGAUGGUGCACCUGUCGAAGCCCUGCGAGGUGAGCUUCAAGGAUUCCUCCGCGAUACGGUAUGCUCCUCGCGUCAAGGCGACUCUGUCCCGAGGCAAGCUUUCUGGGGUUGAAGGCAUGAAGACCAAGGUGGUGGUGUGGGUGAAGGUGGCUAGCGUUAGCAUCGACAGCUACAAGUCCGACAAGAUAUGCUUCCUCGCCGGUGUGAAGAAGCUGAGGCAGAAGGAUGCUUAUGAGGUCCCUCGUGAAGCCGUCUCUGUUGAUGAGUUCUGAGCUCGAUUGAUUUCCCUUAUCCGUAGUAUCAUUCGUUCGUAGCAUUUUUUUGGGUCCCAUGUCAUCGGCAAUUGAUGUGCUGCGGUUUUGUAGAUUUGGAAUCACAUGGAUCUGUUGUGCCUGGCAGAAGACAACCCGUUCAUGUUAUCUGACGAGACAUUCACAUGUGUGAUGUUUCAGUAAUGUGUACAUUUAGCAUGUGUUCUGGUUC